GCCCCGUUUGGCUUAGACCCAGGCUGUGUACUUACCAGCAACGCCCCCUAGUGGCUCUGCCCUUUUCCCGCAGUGGAGCAGCAGCUGCAGCAGGACCGUCUCUCCAGACAGAACCAGGACUUUCUGUCUUGUGUGUUCUCGAACAAUCCCCUCAUCGAGACGCAAGAGCCGCCGCCAACAUGGUGAACUUCACAGUGGAACAGAUCCGUGGAAUCAUGGACAAAAAGUCCAACAUCAGGAACAUGUCAGUGAUCGCCCACGUUGACCACGGGAAGUCCACUCUGACCGACUCCCUGGUGUCUAAAGCCGGCAUCAUUGCGUCAGCCAAAGCCGGAGAAACCCGCUUCACAGACACGCGCAAAGAUGAGCAAGAGCGCUGCAUCACCAUCAAGUCCACCGCCAUCUCCAUGUACUAUGAACUCAGUGAGAAUGACUUGGCAUUCAUCAAGCAGAGCAAGGACGGGAACGGCUUCCUCAUCAACCUGAUCGAUUCUCCCGGUCAUGUGGACUUCUCCUCCGAGGUCACAGCUGCACUCCGGGUGACCGACGGAGCGCUGGUGGUGGUGGACUGUGUCUCAGGCGUGUGUGUGCAGACGGAGACGGUGCUGCGGCAAGCCAUCGCCGAGCGCAUCAAGCCGGUUCUGAUGAUGAACAAGAUGGACCGGGCCUUGCUGGAACUCCAGCUGGAACCAGAGGAGCUCUUCAAGACCUUCCAGUGCAUCGUGGAGAACGUCAAUGUCAUCAUUUCCACCUACGGAGAGGAUGAAGGGGGACCUAUGGGCCACACCAUGAUCGACCCUGUUAUCGGCACAGUGGGUUUCGGUUCCGGUCUCCACGGCUGGGCCUUCACUUUGAAGCAGUUCGCCGAGAUGUACGUCAACAAGUGCGCCAAAAAGGGCUCUUUAAUGGAGCCCUCAGAGAGGUGCAAGAAGGUGGAGGACAUGAUGAAGAAGCUGUGGGGCGACAGAUAUUACGACCCAAGUAAUGGCAAGUUCUGUAAGACAGCGGAAGGAUCUGAGAGCCAGAAGCUUCCUCACACUUUCUGCCACUUCGUUUUGGAUCCAAUCUUUAAGGUGUUCGACGCCAUCAUGAAUUUUAAAAAGGACGACAUUCAAAACCUCCUCACCAAGCUGGACGUCAAGCUGGACGCGGAGGACAAGGAGAAGGAAGGGAAGCCGCUGCUGAAGGCGGUGAUGCGGCGCUGGCUCCCGGCCGGCGAGGCCCUGCUCCAGAUGAUCACCAUUCACCUGCCGUCGCCGGUUACCGCACAGAAGUACCGCUGCGAGCUGCUCUACGAGGGACCUGGAGAUGAUGAGGCCGCCAUGGGUAUUAAGAACUGCGACCCCAAGGCUCCUCUGAUGAUGUACAUCUCCAAAAUGGUGCCCACCAGUGACAAGGGUCGAUUCUAUGCUUUCGGUCGCGUCUUCUCCGGCUCCGUCUCCACCGGACAGAAAGUUCGGAUCAUGGGACCGAACUUCAGCCCGGGCAAGAAAGAAGAUCUCUACGUGAAAACUAUCCAGAGGACCAUCCUCAUGAUGGGCCGUUACGUGGAGCCCAUUGAAGAUGUUCCCUGCGGCAACAUUGUGGGUCUUGUUGGUGUAGACCAGUUUCUAGUGAAGACUGGGACCAUCACCACCUAUGAACAAGCCCACAACAUGAGGGUGAUGAAGUUCAGCGUGAGCCCGGUGGUCAGAGUCGCGGUGGAGGCCAAGAACCCAGCUGAUUUGCCAAAACUAGUGGAGGGUCUGAAGCGCCUUGCCAAGUCUGACCCCAUGGUGCAGUGCAUUAUUGAGGAGUCUGGCGAGCACAUUGUAGCUGGAGCUGGGGAGCUUCACCUGGAGAUCUGUCUGAAGGACCUGGAGGAGGAUCACGCCUGCAUUCCACUGAAGAAAUCUGACCCGGUGGUCUCAUACAGAGAGACGGUGACCGAGGAGUCGGACCAGAUGUGCCUCUCCAAGUCUCCCAACAAGCACAAUCGUCUCUUCAUGAAGGCCCGACCUUUCCCAGACGGCCUGGCCGAGGACAUCGAGAGGGGGGACGUGACGUCGCGACAGGAGAUCAAGUGUCGCGCGCGCUACUUGGCGGACAAAUACGAGUGGGAGGUGACGGAAGCCCGCAAGAUCUGGUGCUUCGGUCCUGAUGGAUCGGGAGCCAACCUCCUCAUAGACGUUACAAAGGGGGUCCAGUACCUCAAUGAGAUCAAAGACAGUGUGGUGGCGGGAUUCCAGUGGGCAACAAAAGAGGGGGUGCUGUGCGAGGAGAACAUGCGAGCCGUUCGCUUCGACAUUCAUGAUGUCACGCUGCAUUCUGACGCCAUCCACCGGGGUGGAGGGCAGAUCAUCCCGACAGCCCGCCGGGUCCUGUACGCCUGCCAGCUCACCGCUCAGCCUCGACUCAUGGAGCCAGUUUACCUGGUAGAGAUUCAGUGUCCAGAGCAGGCCGUUGGAGGCAUCUAUGGCGUGUUGAACAGGAAACGUGGUCACGUUUUCGAAGAGUCACAAGUGACAGGAACUCCCAUGUUUAUAGUCAAAGCCUACCUGCCUGUCAACGAGUCCUUCGGUUUCACUGCCGACCUGCGCUGUAGCACCGGAGGCAAAGCCUUCCCCCAGUGUGUGUUUGACCACUGGCAAAACCUCCCAGGUGACCCCAGAGACCCCACCAGCAAACCCUUUCAAGUCGUGGCUGAAAUUAGGAAACGUAAAGGGCUGAAGGAAGGAAUCCCCGCCCUGGAUAAUUACCUGGACAAAUUGUAACAUUCG